AUGCCGUCCAACAUCGAGGAUGGCUCCUAUUCUGAGCUGAGGUCCCUGGAAGGGCUGGUGUGCAAAAUGCUGAGAGGGCUGAGCGAGGCUCACGAGAAGACGGUGAGAGACGCCCUCCGAGCGCUUCCGAAGAUCCUGAGCCAACACCAGCGGAGGCUUUACGUGGGGUCCCUGUGCGUCCUCGUCGCGAAGAAACUCCGGCCUCUCCUGGAGGAUGAACGAGAGCUGGAGCGGUCUCUGGCCGUCCGCCUGUUCGGGGAGCUGCUGCCUUGGGUGAACAUCCGGCACAAGGCUCAGAUGCGGGAUCGAAUCCUGAGACACUUGGUUCCCUUCAUCCUCCACAUGAGAGAUUGGACAGCCACGUGUCUGAGAAUGCUACAGGGUCUCAUCAAUGACCAUAAAAACGCCCAUGGGAAUGCGCCGGUACCGCCACCGCCUGCUUCGCUCUCCAGGUGGAGGAACCCGAAGCUUCCUGCCUUUCACAGCCAAGCGGCCUUCGGUGCAGGAUACGGCCAGCAACCCUCCCGAGAUUACCCGUCCGGCCAGCCCAACGCCACUACCUGGAGGAAGAAAUACUCUCUGGUCAACACCCCGCCUAGACCAGCCUUGUCUUCGGCCAGCAGCGUUUCUCCGGGGACUUCCUGGGCGACCGAGAGCCGUGCCGGAAGGGAGGCUCCCGAGCCACAACUGAUGCUUUCGGAGGCGAAGGCCGUCUCCGGCACAAAGGCAAAUGUCGGGCUGCCAGCUGGCUCCGUGGCGGGUGAUGCCAUUGGCUCCGGGUUCCCGCCGGGCAAUCCAGGAUCGAGAAAGGCACCGUUGUCUUCUAGGGGAAGCCCGUCGGCAGGUCCUUGGCCUGUCAACGCGGACUCGAGACACCACAAAGAGACGUGCGCUUCCACUUUGUCCCACGUACCCCGUUGCAAAAGUCUGGCUACGGGUGGAAAUAACCGACCGGCGGCUGCUCAGAAGAAGCCCGUCGGGGGGAGUGACCUGACCCCCCGUUUAGGCAGGACUAUCAGCGAGAGCGCCAUUACGUUGAAAUCUGAGCCUCGGCGGUGUCUGGCCUCGCCUGAACAGGGAACAGGGUCUCUCCCAACCUGGAAGAAGCCACUCCCCCAGAUUUCACACCUGUCUGGUUCACACCGCCAACCCUCCCCUGCAGGGACAGCCAAGCUCCUCCCUACCAGGAGCGUGGGUCCGUCUGCCGGCUGUGCCCAUUCGGGCGAGGAGGCGUCUUCCAGCACUGGGACGAGCCUUCCGCCAAACAAGCCCGCCGGUUUUUCGCUCCAGAAGUCGUCUUCCUUGCUGGCCCCCAGCAAGUCUUCCCGCUUUAAGAGAGCCAACUACACCUGGGUGGCAAAUCCCAGCAAAUCCCCCCGAAGCGCGAAGCGGUGGGCCGUUUCCAGGACCCCUGAAAGCACCCCCAAGUUUGGCGCCUGCACGGCAACGACCUCCCCCAAGUUACAGUCCAGGGGAGCGCAUCUCGAGCCGGGGGUCAAACCAAAGAGACCCAGCCCGCAUUCGAAGCUGGCGGUCUCCUCCAGCCGGUACAGGUGGAAAGCGGCGAGUGCGAAGUCUGCUCCUUCCACCUCGGCGUCGGUCUUCACUUGGAAGCGCAAAGAAGGGGUUGGACCCGGGGAGGCCCCCUGUGUGGCCGCCAGCACCUCCCUCCAGGCACUGAGGCGGGUCCCUCUCGGACAUGGCAGCCCGCGAGGCUUCUUUGGAACUAGCGUUUUUUUUAAUUACCGACUGAGGAGUUGGCCCAAAACCCCAAAGAGGAAAGGAGGCGCCAGCUCUCCCACCCUGCUCCUGAAAAGCCGCUACUGCCUCCGGAAGCGCCACGCCACGAGGGGAAGGUCCUCCCCCACCGCCCGCAAAGCCAGCCCUAAGGGCCUCGUGCAGAUCAGCAAGCACCGGUUGCGCCGGCUGCCGGCCUCUCGCGCUCCUGGUUCGCCCAAAGAAGAUGAAAUAUAUCGCGUAGCAGCUCGCCUACGGUUUAAUCGCAUUGCGCUGGAGGCUCGCGAGGUUCAGGUUUGGAAAUAA